AUGAGUAUGUUAAUUAAUGCUUUUUCUUCAAAAAAAGAAAAAAAGAAAGAAAAAUUAAAAAUAGAUAAUAAUGUAAUCCCCGUAACUGAUAAUAAUUUUGUCACUUUGAGUGAAUAUAUGUUAGAUAAUGAAAACGUAAGAAAAAAUAAAGAUAGUGAUAAAGAAAAAGAAAUACUUUCCAAAAUACAAAAUAUAUUGAAAAAAAAUAUAAAAAGAGGGAAAUUAAAUAAGGUUAUAAAAAGAACUUUUUCUCUAAUAAAAAAAAAAAAGGUAAGCGAAUUAAUCUUAAAAAAAGAAAAAAAAAUUCCAAAAAAUGAUGAUUCUCUAAACUCUAAACAAAUAGUUAAAAAAAAUGAAGAAUGCAAUCUACAAAAUAAUGAUAAAGAAGAGGAAGGAGAAAAUAAUAAAAAAUUAAUGGAAAAAUUAAAAAAAAAAAAAAAAAUUCCAGAUAAUGAUCAGAACCUAAAUAAGGAAAGUGUAAAGGGUAACUUAAGUUGUUCUAAUAAUAAUAAUGAAUCAAAUACAUACAGCAAUCCUUCAGACUUAGAAUUUAAAGAUGAUUUUAAAAGUGCUAAUGUUAAUUUGCAAAAAAAUAGUAAUAAUAAAAAAAAAAUUAGUUCAAGUAAUAUAGGAGAUCUUUUUAAUGAAAAAACGUAUAAAAUGAGAGAAAUAAAAAAAUAUAAUAAAUUUUUUGUUGAUGACAAAAAAAAUUUGUUAGAAUUAUUAAAAAAUGAUAAUAAAAAACAUAAAAGUGAAAAGCUAAGAUUCAAAAAAGAAGAUAUAAGUGAAAAAGAAAAUAGAUCUAAUUCUGAAGAAAAUUCAUUCAUUAAUAAAAAAUACAAGAAAUUUAACAAAUUAAAAGUUAGUUCAAUGGAAGAAACACAACAAAAAAAUUCAAGUCAUCCAUUUAAUAUACAUAAAUCUACAUUUAAAAAGAAUGAGAACGAUAAUAAAAAUAUUAUAUGGAAGAAUAAAAAAUAUGACAAUAAAUUAAAAAAAUACAAAGAUAAAUCAGACAGUAGUAAUACGUUAAAAAAAAAUAAUAAUAACAAGAUGGAGGUAAAGAAUAUAGAAUAUUUACAAAAAUUAUUUUACAAAGAGGAAAAAGGAAGUUAUGUUAGUGAUAAAGAAAAUUUUUCAGAUGGCGGUAAAAAAUUUGAGUAUUCAAGUAACGACUUCUCUGAGGAUGAUACCGAUUCAGAUGACAAUAUAUCAAGUAAAAAUAUAAUAGAUCUGAAUAUUUUUAAAAAUAAGUUAAAAAUUUUUAAUAACUUAAUGGAAAGUAUUGAACCAUCAAGAAGUUACAAUAUAGAUAUAAGCCAUCCUUUAUAUAAUUUUUUAUGUAAAAAUGAAAACUCGUAUUUAAGUUCUAAUUGGCAUGAUAGAAUAAAUUUUGCUUUUCGUAAUAUAUGGGGACUAAAAGAUUAUAUAUAUGAUGAAAAGACUGAGGGUGAAAGAGAAAAAGAGUUUUAUAAUGAAUUAGAGUCAUUCCAUAUGUCAAGCAAAAUAGGUGCAUGUGGAUUAAUAUAUUCUUUAUUUUUAAAAGAUGAAGAACAUAAUAAUUUUAUUAACUAUUUCAAAAAAUGCUUUGUUAAAUUAUCAAAAGAAAAUUACCCUCAUAUUUAUAAAAUAUAUAAACCCAAAUUUGAUGAUGAUUUAGUAUUUUUAUUUGAUAGCCUUGUUUUUACAGUCAUAUUAGGAAGUGAAGAAAACAAUAUAGAUUAUAAUACAGCAAGAAAAAUAUACAGUAAUGAUUUGAAAGGAAGAAAUCUACUAUGUGACUGUAUAUAUAAUUUAAAAGAAAAUUCCAGAUUUUCUCUUCCUAUAGCUAGCCAAAUUGAUUUUAUGGGGUUACGGGUAAUUUCAGAACCUUUGAUGCCUUUAAACGAAGAAGAAAUUCCAAUUGAUGUUAUUAAAGAUAUAUUUAAAAAUACUAAUAUUAAUGAUUAUAUUAGUGAAGAAGAUAAAUCUUUUAUAUAUGGUAAUGAUGGUAUGGAUUAUGAUUAUGACAACAAUGAUAUUAAAAAUGAUUGUAAUAAUGAAGAUAAAAGGACAAAAAAAGUGAGCAAAUUAAAAAAAAAAAAAGAGGAAGAUUUAAAAAAGAGAAAAGAAAAAAUAUUUUAUGAAAGAUUAAUGCUAGAGAUAGAAAAUUAUGAUCUGACAUUAUAUGAUCAGCUAAAAGAAAUGAGUAUCUAUGCAAAUUUUAAUUGUUGUAUUUUACCUUUUGGUUUAUCAAACUAUUUUGAAUCUAAAAUAUAUAAAAAAAGAAACAGUGUAAAAAUUUUUAGAUCAAUUAUAGACAAUUUAUUUAUUAUAAGAGGAACAGAAGAAAUAUUGCCUCCAUUUCUUUUUAAUUUUAAAAAAGAAAAUUUUAUCACACGAUUAAGAUAUGAAUUCAUAAAAUAUUAUUAUAAGUAUCCUUUGUAUAACACUACUUUAGCAAUUAAUAUAAAAUAUAAAGAACUUGAAGAGAAUAAAAAUAAUUUAGAUAUCCUGAAAGAAGCUAGUAAGGAAUCUAUAAAUAAUAUUGAAAAUUAUGUUAUUCCUAAAAUUAUAAAUCUAACUACAAAUUUUAAUGAUAGUUAUGAUAUAACAGAAGCUUAUCAUUCACAUGGAAUUAAUAUGUGUAAUUUAGGCAAAUUACUAAAUAAAAAUAAAUCACCUGAAUUUCUUUCAGAAAUUAUAUGUAGAGAAAUUAUUUGUCGAACAUUAAAAUGUAUUUAUUAUGAACAUAUACACUCUUUUAUAACAAAAGUUUUAAAAAAUCCAAAACAAAAAAAUGAUAUGAAUGAUUAUUCUUAUAAUAAUAAUAAUAAUAAUAAUAAUAAUAAUAAUAGUAAUAGUAAUGGUAAUGGUAUUUAUAAUAACUAUUCUUGUAAUAAAAAUGUCAAUAAGGAUUUUAUUUGUUGUUGUGAAAAAUGUUUCACUUAUUGGUAUUUUUUUCCUGAAUUAGUACCUCAUGAAUUCAUAAUUCGAUUAAUAAAUUUAACUUUAAAUAUUAAGAGCGCAGAUUCUUUAAAAUUUUGGAAAAAUAUACUAAUUCCUCAUUGCGUAAAAAAGUUUCACAUUAAUUUAAUAGAUCAUAUAAAUAUAAAAGAAAUUGAAAUAUAUGGAUUAUUUUUAUGUAUAGAAUAUCAUUUUGGUAUAUGUUUUAAAAGAGAAUGUAAAAAAAAUUAUAAAGUUAAAUUGCCUCUAACUUUGGAUGAUAUGUCAAGUUUUCAUUCAAGAAAGGAUUAUCAUUUAUUUCCUAAUGUAGGUAAAUUAAAAAGAAUUUUUAAAUCAAAUAUUAAUCAAAAAGAAAAAGAAGGAGGACAAAAUUAUGAUAAAAAAGAACACAUAAAUAAUUAUAAUAAAAGUGUAAAAUAUGAAAAUAUGCAUAGUAAAAGCAAAUAUAACAAGAACCAUUCAUUCGAUUAUUUAAAUGAGGAAAAAUAUAUCAAUAAGAAAAAUAAAGCGUUAGACAAAUUUGAUAUUGAUAACACAGUAAACCAUAUAAAUAACAAUGGAGGAAAAAUAAAAAACUUAGAUAUAACAAUUAAUUCAUUAGGUAAUUUAGAAAAAAAAUUAGAAACUAAAAACGUAUAUUCUCUAUUAGAAAAAAUAAAAGAUGAAAGUAUUUCUUCUCAUGAAAAUUCACAAAAUACAGUAACAGACAAUGUAAAGAAUAAAGAUAAUUGUGUAUAUCAAAGUUAUCAAAAAUAUGACAAAUGUAAUAAAAGAUAUUAUGAAAAAACAAGUUUUGUUUUAUUUUAUCCUAAAAGCAAAAUAUGUUUCCCUAAAUACUCUACCUGGUCAUAUAAAACUAUAGAAAAGUUAUUUUCGAACAUCAUAAUUCAAGAAAAAUUUAAAAUAAAAACUAUUUUAAAAGAAAAUAUCAUAAACAUAAUUGAUACGAAAAAAAAUGAUUUUUUAAAUAAAAAUAAUAUUUGUACUGUUGGUUCAUGUAGUAAAAUAAAAAGUUCUAUUUAUGAGUAUAAUAUUCCUUGUCAUCCUUACUGCAUAUUAAAUGAGAAAAUGACAUGCAUAAAUUAUUAUAGAGCUAAACAAUCGAUCUUAUUAUUAUUAAAUAUUAAUAUUAAUAAAAAUGUAUUUGAAAUAACAAAAAAUUUUCUUUAUCUAGCAUACUUACAUUUUGAACAUGGUUAUAUAAAAAAAUGUUUAAAAGUAUGUUAUUAUAUUUAUAAUACUAUUCCUAAUAUAGGGGCUCUAAGAAGAGAUAUACUUAUUUUAAUUUUACAGUGUAAAGUUAAAGAAGAAAAAAUAGAAGAUGCAUUAAUAAUUUAUAAGCUUAUUGUUAUAUUUAGCAAAUUUUAUGAUGGAGAAUAUAAUAUAAGCACUGUACUGUGUAAUAUAUUAUUAGCUAAUUAUUACUAUGAUAAAGCAAAUAAUAUAAAAAAUCAGCAUGGUAAUAAUAAAAUGAAAGAAGAAAAUCUAAAUAAUAGUUAUCAUAUAGAGGGAUUUAAUGAUAUAGAACAUAAAGAUAAUAAGGUAGUUACUUAUGAAUCUGAAGAAAAAAAAGGAGAAAUGGAGAAGGAAACAUUAAAUAUUAUUGAUAAUUUCCAUUUGAAAAGAAAAUAUUUAUUAAAGGCAUUAUAUUAUUCUAAAGAGUGUUAUAAAAUUAUUUCUACUUCUUUGAAUGAUAUUAUUUCCCAUUGGAUAUAUAUAUCUUCCUUAAUAUUACUAGGAAAUAUUUUAGUAUCUUUAAAUCAGUUUCAAAAAGCAAUAUUAUUUUACAGUUUAUCAUUACAAUAUUCCAUAAAAGGAAAAAUGCCUAAUUUUAUUAUUUUACAAAAUAAAUGUUUGUUAGCUGAUUCAUUAAAAAAUAAUGGAAAUUUUGAAAAAGCAAUUGAAAUAGCUGAAGAAUGUUUGAAUUCUUUAGAUAAUUCAAUUAGUUCUUCACAUAAUUUAACUUUAUAUGUAAUUUUUAGAUUAGCUCAAAUGAAGCAAUACAUGGGUUGCAAAGAUUUAAUUUAUCCUAAUAUAUUUUUAAAUAAGUCUCCAAAUGCUUAUAUUAAAAAAAAAAUUUCUCCAUCUGAUUUUAUUAUAUUCGAACAAAAAUAUUUAAAUGAAACAAGUGCAAAAUAUAGAAAAGAAGCUAUUGAUUUAUAUAUUAAACUAUAUUAUAGAUUAAAAAAUAAAAAAAAUUACAACUUAGUAUUUGGUAAAGAUAUAUUUGGGAAUUUUUAUACUAAAGAUGAUUUAUCAAGUACAGAAGAUAAUAAAAAUGGUUUAGAAGAGGAUACAGAAAGAAUUACAGUAGUUAUAAGAGAAAUAUUCAAAAUAAAAGUUGUUUCUCUAAGUUCCAAUAAGCAACUUAUGUUAGCAUCAAAAUUACUAGCGAUAGUUUUAUCGAAAAAUUCUUCUUCUUUUGUUAAAGAAUUAACAUUAAAUAAACAAGGGAUAUAUAAAGAUGAUUUAUUCAAUCAUAUCCAUAAGAUAGAUAACAUAAAUGAGAAAUUAGAAGAAGAUGGUACUAUUUAUAAUACAAAUAAUCAAGUAAAUUAUAUAAAUGAAAUAUAUAAUAAUGAUUACAUGUAUGAUAAAAAAAAUGUAGAUAGUAUGUUAAAUUUGCAACUUAGUGAUUUUUAUUUAAACAAACAAAAAAAUUUCUUUGAUAGAAGUUGCUAUACAAAAGAAUAUGAUUUAAUAUCUAUUGAAAAAAUUAUAUAUGAUGAUACUUAUUUUAGCAUAGAAGAUAUAUGCAAAUAUUGCCAUUUAAAUUGUAAUAACUAUAAUAAACAAAACUUAAAUGAAUAUAAUUUUAAUUCAUUACUAAAUCCUCAUAAAUGGUUUGAUAUGUUAUUUUAUAAUGUAAUGAAAGGCACUUGUGAUCAUUUGCAAAUACUUAUAUUAAUAGAUUUAAUUAGAACUUUUCUAACACCUUUACAAAAACAACUUAUUUUAUUUCAUGCAAAAUCAAUAAAUAAUGUUAAAGAUAAUGAGAGAUUCUCUGAAUAUAUGCAAUAUUUACUAAAUAAUGAAGAAAACAAUAUUUUACAUUUAACGAACUUUAUAAAUCACAAGAAGAAUUUUUUUGUUGGUGAUAAUUUACCAAAAGAGUUUUCAAAUAUUCAUAAGAAAGAUGUAAAAAAAAAUAUCCAUUUUUUAUCUAAUAUGACUGUAACUAAUCCAAAUUUGUUAACAUGUCCUAAUGAGUUCACAAAUUUAGAAUAA